CCUAUAUUAAAGUAAAUCCAAGUGGAUAACUUUAUAUGGCUAUAAAUUUCACCCUUGUUCUUGGUAUGUUUGUACCAAUUAACUAACCAAUAUAUCUAGAAAAAGACAGCAGCCAUGGUGUCUCCUAGUCUUGCAAGUUGUCUACUUGUUGUUUCUACUUCCUUGAUCUUCUUUGUCACUGAAGCACAGAGGCCUGCUAUAGUGAAUGGUCUUUCAUGGUCAUUUUAUCAGUCAAGUUGCCCUCAGCUUGAAUCCAUUAUUAGGAAGGGGCUUGAAAAACAGAUCAAAGAUGACGUUGGCCAAGCUGCUGGUUUACUUCGCCUUCAUUUCCACGAUUGCUUUGUUCAGGGAUGUGAUAGUUCAGUGUUGCUGGAUGGAUCAGCAGGAGGGCCAAGUGAGCAGACUGCAAAUCCUAAUUUGACACUAAGAAAGAAGUCAUUCAAGAUCAUUGAUGAUCUUAGGAAAAGGAUCCAAGCUGAAUGUGGCCAAGUUGUGUCUUGCUCUGAUAUUACUGCCAUUGCUGCCAGGGACUCCGUUGUCUUGACCGGUGGCCCCAACUAUGAUGUACCCUUAGGAAGAAAGGACGGACUAAACUUCGCAACAGAACAAGCAACCAUAGACAACCUCGUCGCACCCUUUGCCAACACCACAACCGUCCUUGAUCGCCUCGCAGCCAAAGGCCUUGACGCAACUGAUGCUGUCGCGUUGUCUGGGGCGCACACCAUCGGAAUCAGCCACUGCACUUCCUUCACUGACCGACUCUACCCGAACCAAGACUCCACAAUGGACAACACAUUUGCCAACAACCUCAAAGGCAGUUGCCCCACAGCUGACUCGAACAACACGGUCAACAUGGACAUUCGGAGCCCUAACGUGUUCGACAACAAGUACUACGUUGAUCUCAUGAAUAGGCAAGGGCUUUUUACUUCGGAUCAAGAUUUGUUCACAGAUAAGAGGACUAGGGAUAUUGUCACGAGCUUUGCUAAGGACCAGAAACUUUUCUUUGAUAAAUUUGUGAUUGGUAUGAUCAAGAUGGGACAGUUGAAUGUGUUGACCGGUGGACAAGGUGAGAUUAGGAAUAGGUGUGAUAGGAGGAACAAGGAUAAGAAGGUUGAUAUUGCUACUAUUGUUGAAGAGUUGGAGGAAACCUCGUCUGCUUUGUGCUAAGUUUAAUAAUCUUUUGUUCUUGUCUCUUUUUUUCUUGUUGCAAUAAUAAUGUCUUAGCUUAGCAUAAUAAUAUCCUUUUUGCUUUGUUGUGUAAUGUAAUUAAGGAGAUGUGUUUUGGAUCUCCUUAUUGUUCCUUCUAGAAAAGUUUUCUAUAGCUUCCAUGAUCAAAAUUGUGUUAGUA